AUGGAGGCCCCUCGAGCGUCCCGUUUCCUGGACCCCACGUCCGCUAUGGCCGCCAUCACGAAGCAUAAAGCAGAAGCCAUCAAGCUAGCUCGUGAGCAAGGCACUGCGGUUCGUGAGAUGUGUCGCAGAGCAAAAACAGAACCACCGGCAUACGAAUUUGAAGAACUCAUCGGGAAGGGUGCCUAUGGUCGCGUGUACAAAGGCCACCAACUCCCAUCUCGAGAUGUUGUCGCUAUCAAGGUUCUUGAUAUCGACUCAUUAGAUUACAAGUCGAUGCGCGACUUUAAGGAUGAAUCUAUCAAGGAUUUUAUUCACGAAACGAAGGUUAUGAAACAAGUCAAAGACUCCGGAGCGAAGAAUAUCAACGAAAUUAUCGAGGCCGUUUCCAUUCAUUCGCAGCUCUGGUUGGUUUGCGAAUACUGCCCUGGUGGUAGUGUUAGAACUCUAAUGCGAGCAACUGGUGAUAGACUAGAGGAGAAAUUUGCCAUUCCGGUAGCCCGCGAGCUGGCUGCUGGAUUGCGCGCUAUACAUGAUGCGGGCAUCAUUCAUCGAGAUAUUAAAGCUGCCAACGUUCUUAUCCACGAAGAGGGCAGGCUACAGAUAUGUGACUUCGGCGUUGCCGGUGUUCUCCAGUCCCAUAUGGAUAAACGAUCAACCUGGAUUGGCACCCCCCACUGGAUGCCACCAGAAAUGUUCAGUGCUGGCCAAGGGCAUCAGUACAGUAGCGAGAUUGAUGUCUGGGCAUAUGGGUGUACACUUUUCGAAGUCGCCACAGGAAACCCACCGAAUGCGAACUUACGAGAGAGAAUGCAGAUCGGCAGGCAGUUGAAUAGGAAGACACCGAAACUGGCAGACAGUGAUAAGUACAGUGAAGGGUUGAGGGAUCUGGUGACAUUCGCAUUAAAUUCCGACCCACUCACUCGGCCGACCAUGGCGGACAUCCUGCAACAUCAAUACAUUGCGAACACCGAGGAAGAGUACCCAACAUCAUCCCUAAGUGAGCUUGUCCGUAUCUACUAUCAAUGGUCCCAGCGCGGCGGUCAGCGUAUUUCGUUAUUCCAUCCUGGGGGUGCGGCAGCGGCAGAAGUUCCAGACACCGAGUCGGACAUAGAUGAGGACUGGAACUUUAGUACAACAGAUGACUUUGAGCGAAGAUUCUCCGUUAUCGAUCUUGAUCAGCUGGCUGCUUCAUUGGCACAAAUGGAACAAGAAAUUAAGGCCGCGGCGAACAAAUCCCAGCAAGAACCAACGGACGAGCCGACGGAUACUGAGAUGACGGAGCAGAAUAAGGCUAAUUUUGACGAACGAGUUCGCCGAGGUGCUGCAGCAAUGGAAGGCCUUUUCGACGAGGAAAAGCCGAGCUACACAUAUGAAACGAAAAACGACUUCGUACCAAUUGAGGAGAAAGCUCCUGUGUCUGAUCUGCCGCUCCGUACCGACACAGACCGGUCAUCUGUCACAUCGACAUUCAUCGACAUCGACAUUGGGUCGUUUGAUUCAUCCCAUUAUGCCGCUGGUGCCACGACAGCCCAACCAUUCCAACUCGCGGAUGCCGACACCAUCCGUGCCAACAGAUCCAGCGGGCGUCAAAACCGCGGCUCCAAUGAGGGCCGAUCGCGCUCAUCCAGUAGUGAAUUGAGCAAUAACCAGGAUUCGCAAGAGGAUUUCCAGCCCCGAACUGGCCCACGUCCACCUACCAUGGACUGGAAAUUCCCAAUGUUCAUGCAGACUCCCACAGAAGAGUCUGAGCCCGAGCCUGAAACUGACUCGGGGGCGGAGGCUGAAUCUGAAUCCGAAGUUGAUAAUGCCCAGAAUACAGAAGCACCUGUGAUUGACCCCGCCGAAAAGCGAGCUACAAUGGAGUGGACGUUCCCCGUUAUGACCUCGUCAACGGAUGAUGAAGCAGCCAGCGAGUCUAGCUAUGUGGAAGAAUCUAGUCGUACGGAUACACUCAAGGCCAGCACUACGAUGCCCGAGCCUGCGGAUAUUUCGCGACCUUCAACAUCUGCCUCUGUCCAGUCCAACAUAUCUACAAGCUCCGAUACUGACUAUGACCCAUUCCGAUUCGACCGCCCUUCCACCCCUCCGGAUGGUGUACCGUCACGGCAGCAGCACUUUGCUGAUCACGAGUAUCCCGAGCUACUAACAUCAGUCGACUACCCUUCUUACUCACGAUCCUCGGUAUUAGAAGGCCCAGGGCCAGACGAGGAAGAAGACACCACGCCAGUUUGGCAGAACAGUAUCCAGACCACAGGGCCACCUCCCCCAUACGACGAACCCUUUCCCACCGCUAUCCCGCACAAAGACAUGGACGUAAAGCAUCCCUUCCCCACCAUUCUUGACCAGCCUGAGCCCCUACAUACAGCACGAUACAAGCCUCCCGUGUCCGCUGCUGAAGGAAUCGAGCAAACAAUCAAGUUCCCUGAAAUCAUCCCGCCACGCCUUGAAGUUCUAAUGGAUGGCGCCGGGGAAGGCGCUGUAACAGCUGAAUUGGAUCGACUACUAGGUGAUUUCCUGGAUGCGCUCUCUGCAACUGGCGAAGCGUUGUCGAGGGCAAAGGUCAGUUCGGGACCGGGAUCAGGAUGGAAAGAUGAUAGCUCGACGACGCCUGAGAGGUCGGAUUGA